AAAAAGUAAACACGGAAGCCUUUGUGUUUUCCAUGACAACAGAGAAGCAAACGCCUGCAUGGAUUGGCUACUGUCUUCGUUCUAGUCUCGCGAUCAAGCGCUUUUUUUUUUAACACCCGCGAGGAUUAACAAAUACACGGAUGGACAUUUCUCAAACCUGAUUGUUGUCCAACAUGCCACUGCAGGAUUAUUGCGGUCUGUUUCAGGACUACGGAUAUAAAGAUGAUAUUUGCUGCUUUGCCCAAAUCUGUCGUUCUCGGACUAGUGUCAUCUGGUUGUGGCGUUAGCUCUUUCCACGAUGAAUACAUGUUUUUGAUCCAACGACUUGGUCAUGUUACUAAGGAUGGACCAGACUUGGACCUAAAGGAGCAUUUUCUCGGGGUGAUUCAGAAAGAUACGAAGCUGAUACUGCAAUGGAUGAAAACAAUUUCGAUAUCUUGAAAGACCGUGCUGGAAAGCCUGGUCUAACAGAAAAGUCUGGAUCAUUCACUUCAGAAGAGGAGAAGAAGGCGUGCGUAUCCUGUACGACAGAAGAUCUGAACACGAAUGGGUCGUGGUCACAGAGGACCAUCUGUCAUUUACUCAGAAGCACCUUCAAUCCUCGUAUGAAAUGGUUAUUACCUGACCAUAGUCAAGAUGAUUAUGAAGAAGGAGAAGAAAAUUUUGUCGUGGCCUGCAACUUAGUGUCCAGAUCUUCUGCUCGUAUCCUGCGUUUGCAACAUGUUCUUACAAGUGUGUCAAUGCAGUGGCAGCCUUUCAGCGGGGCACAAAUGGGUUCUCCCAAGAUCUGUGUCAAGGGCAGGACUGUGUUAGGUGAUAGUGUUCUCCUCGUGCCCGCUUCAGCCUUCCUGAAUAAGCAUUACCAAGCUCUGUGGAAGCUCUUGGAGCAGAGAUCACUGCUGCUCUUCAUCCACGAGUACACCAGGAGGGCUCAUUUAACUACUGCGUACAUCUCAAAAGUGGGCCACCUGCUUGAGGAUCACUUGAGGAAGUCACACCUCUCAUCUAACCUGAUGCCACACCUCUGCUCAUCAGCCAAGGUGCAUCUUGUCUCCUUGUGCCAGGAGUUUCGCAUUCAUCUCAACCACUGGUCUUGUCUUUAUGCAAAAGUCCAGUCUGACCUCUACCUCAGGCGUGCCCUGGCCCAGCAGAACAAGUUGCUGGAAGAAAUUAGACGAACUCUUGACUUGCUUGGCCUGCAAGUGCUCGUUGUAAUGGAACGUUAUGUCCAUGCUGUUCUGUUUGCCAUGGCGCAAUCUGAUUCAGACCACACACCAAGGGAAGUCAUGGCAGAUGUUUUAGCUUGCACAGAGCUGUAUAACAAGGCACUGGAUGAGCAGAGAAUACAGUACAGCACCACCCAUCUGAGGACUAAAUUAUUACAACAGAUUUGUUACACCACGCUGACAAACAGUCUGAGACAUCAACCUGCUGCUGUCUCAUUUAAAGACCUGCUGAGUAUUAUGGCAGCACAUCACGCAAAUACGGCAGCCAAUCAACUCCAUUUGUGGACCGCACGGCAAUGUGUUUGUGAAUCUCAUGCAAAGCCGGGAAUUUCUGCCCUCUUGCUGUCCAGAUCCCCUUCAAUGUUAACUUGGGAGCUGUUACAGGAUACGUUCUUAAACUCUUGCUCCUCCUUUCACACCUGCCAUCUUCACACCCCCAAACUUCACUUGGAAAACACUGACAAUGAAAAUAAUCAGCAUCAUUUGGAUUCAGAAAAGGCCACAUUUUCCCUCAUCAAAAAUACCCACAGGAAGAACUUAUCCUUUCAGUGCCAAAUAUGUACCUCCAACAAUGUCACAGUACGGACAGAUGUAGACCAUAACAACCCUUUAAGAAACUUUCAACAUUUGCAGGAGUCAAAUCAACCCACCAUUUACUACCAUUUGUCAACUAGCCCAUUGUCAGACUUUUGCCAGCAGGACCAGUCCAAAGUUGAGCUUCUAUUUCAUGUGCUUGUUUCCUCUGGUGACUUGCUCGGUCCACUGCUAUCACAGCCUUUGACACCUAUUAUACAACUAUUUCCUCACACUGUAACAAUAGAGGAGCUACCACCAAAUGGGAAGGCUGAUACCAACCAAAGAAUCAGGGACUGCGGUAUGGAGGGAACUUACCAAGACAUUGUUGAACUGGACAUAACCACCAGGCAAGCAGUCAAUCCCAGCUCAGGCUCUGGACAGCCAAGUCCCAAAAAGGCUGCUGAAGAUGGUCAAAACGAUAAGGAUGGCUGUGCUUAUCAUCCUCGCUCCGUUCAGUGGUUGGACCUCAGUCAGUCAAUGCUGUUUGAUGAUCUGUUUGGAGAGUACCGCACACUGCUGUGGGCUCGCUGCAGCAAAGCAUUGUGGCUCCAGAUGCAUGUACCACAUGGAGCAAGAAGUACAGGGAGCAUCAAUCUCCAUGACAAUCACAGGAUCUUCCAAGUUCUUCAGAUUUUCAGACAGGUUUCAACCACAGAUAUACAUCCAAAGGAGUGCAAAGCCAUGCUGGAGGAGUUCAAUGUAAAUAUGUUGGUCAGUGCAGCACAUGCUCAGUGGGACUCUGUGGUGUGCCAAGGUUUGGGAGCAGCUGAAAAAGACAAGUGUCUUCUGACAGCCAGAAAGCAACACAGCAGGUCUUUCGCACCUUCAUCAAAUCAAGAUGACAGUGUGAUGAUGUCUGAGACCGCAGAGUACUUGAUAAAGCUCACUCAGCCUCUGCUGUCCUCUCUUUCUUACUGCAAUGCACCAGGUACUUUGAGCUUCUUCCCAACAAGGCUCCCUUUCCACAGGUUGACUGUUAGCUUGACAUUAGCUACAUUGCAAUUGUCCACAGUGUGGGUCAUGUCAAAGGCCUACCAGUUCCUCUCCUCUUGGAGCCUCAACAAGUUCUUACUCAUCACACAAGGAGACCUCAAAGUGUUGAAAGAGUCAUUGGACAAUUUGGUGAAGCAGACAAAAUCUUUGACGAUGAGCUCAGAGAGUAAUUGUCUUUCCACUCUUCAUAUCCAUAAUCAACUUGGACUGAAGCAGGAGCUCCACAAGGUUGAUGUAGCUAUCUGCGACCUUCAGGCUUUUUCUUCUCUGGUGCUAAAAAACUUUUCCGAUGACUGCAAAAGGAUGUCUGCCCAUCUCUUUGAGCAGACCAUGCCCUCUGCUGGACACUGGAGACUCAACCCCAGGCCAGGCUUUCCUAUUACUCCCAGUGAGUAUGCAUCAGAAGCUGCUCAGAAUGUGAUUGGUCAGGUUUUGGAGGGUGUGGCAUUACUGUCUGAUGAUGUCCGCGUGCAGGCUCUAAGUUUAACUAUGACGGCUUUUAUGGAGGCAUGGAUGGAACACAUCCUGAAACAACGGAUAAAAUUCAGUGUACAGGGAGCGCUUCAACUGAAGCAUGACUUUGACUCUAUCAGAGAAUUUAUCUCCUCUGACAGAUAUGGCCUGCCAGAGGAACUCCUUCAGCAACUACUCAGCCUUAGAGUAUUUCAACAAGUGGACUCUGCGGUAUUAUGUCUACUUCAGCAGCCACAGGUCAGACCAUAUCUGCAGAGCAGUACCUGGGAGCCUUUCAUACGCUGCUGUCCCGCUAAGAGCAGUGGAGACAGCUUGAGUGCAGCUGUGGGGAGCAGCAUAACCAACCUGAGGGGUAUGGAAGGGGACUACAUGACUCAGUCUAAUCCUUCCGUUCUAAGCACUGGCAUUCCUUCAGUGGACCCAUUUAUCCCAGGAGAGCCCUACCUUGCACCAAGUUUAGCUCUGGGUGCUUCUCAACAAGACUGGUUAGACUUGAGGUUCCAUACGAGUUCUCGCCGCUGGCGGUUGCCAGGACUACAGUGUCUUUCCAAGUCUGAACCCUGAACAAUAAAAGCUGAACUAAUUUUCUGUUUUUCACAGAGAUCAAACUCAUUUAAUGGGUCACUAUAUUUUACAAGCAAUAAAAAUGUCAGAAAGGUAUGAUGGAAUAAUGCAAUGAUAUAGUCAUCAAACAAGUUGUUUGGUAAGGGGUUCUCAGAGCCAUAAAUAAACAUUGGAAGCCUGUUG